GUGAUUCGAUGAAAAUUAUCAACCGAUCAAUUCAACAACAAACGCAAUCGCAACAACAACAACCACCACCUGCUUAUAAACGUAAUCAAAUGAUGACAAAACGUAUUAUUUGGGGUAAAGAAAUACCACAUAUUGUUCAACAUAAUCAUCAUAAUCAUCAUCAUCUUAAUCACCAUAAUCAUCAUCAUUUAUCAUCAUCGACCAACAACAACAACAACACGGGCAACAAUACACAAACAUUCGAUAAUUAUGUAAUGAUUUUGGGUUCAAAUCCAUUGAUUACAAUACGACCGAUUAAUAUACGUGAUGAAAUGGCAACAUCAUCUACUUCAUCAUAUGGUGAUCCAUAUACAAGUCGUGUAUUUGAAAUGGAUAAUCUUCGUAAUUAUUUUCAAUUAAAUGAACCAGAAUCAUCAACAUCAUCCACUAAUCAUCAUUCAUCGUCAUCGUCGUCGUCAAUAUCAUCGUUAUCCGCAACAACAACAACAAACCCAAUACGAUUUCGUUAUGAAUAUUUUCUUUCAUUAUUGGAUCCAACAAUGCCACGUCUGACUAAUUGUGGAAAUUAUUAUCGUAUGCGUUAUGCUGUUUAUGUUGCUAUUAAAAAUUCAGAUUCAUUUGGUGGUGGUGGCGUAGGUGGAAUAGGUGGUGGCAAUAUAGAUUUUAAUUCGAUAACAAAUGAUUGGCGUAAUAAACAAUAUCAACAGCAAAAAGUAUCACAACAAUCAUCAUCAUCAUUAUCAUCGAGUAAACGAAAAUUGGUUCAUAUCGGUGAAAUACAUUUGUAUACGAUUGUACCAGAAUCGAUUGUAUCGAUUGGUCGUCGUUAUUAUAAUAAUCAACAUUCGAUUGAUUAUCAUUCGAAUUCGAAUUCUACUACUACAUCGAUUCUACCAUCAAUUCAUUAUGAAAAUAUUAGUUUUUUUUCAAGUCAAAUUCCAUUAAGUCGUGAAGAAUUACAAGUUUUACAAUUAUCUAACAACAACAACAGCAUCAGCAAUAACAACAAUGGAACAACAAAUGGCCAAUCAGAUUUUACAUCAAUUGUUAAUCAUUUUCGUAGUUUUCUUAAAUAUCUUAAUACGAUUAUUGUGACAGUUUCGAAUGAAAAUCAUCAUAUCAACAACAAUGUUGGUGGUGGUGGUGGUGGUGGUAAACAAUCAUAUCGUUCAACAUGUUUAUUAGAACAACUUAAAUAUCCAAAAAUUAUUGAACAAUUUAUAAAUCCGGAUCGUAUUUUUCAUCAAUUUAAUCGUAUACAAUGUACAAUGCUUACAAAAUAUUUAUCACAACAACAACAACAACAAUUUCAACCUUUACAGCCAUUGGAUGUGGUAACAGCGUCGGCGGCAUCAACAUUAUCAUUAUCAUCGAGUGUUGUUGAAAAACAACUACAAUUAAAUGGAACAAAAACAUCGACAUCAACAAACGAACCGGAUAUAAUUACUGAAGAAAUAUUUGUUCAAAAUCUUAUACAAUUGAUGCCAACAUCAUCCACAUCAUCAUAAUCAUAAAUGAAAUGAAAAAACUGUCAUCAUCAAUAAAUUUUUCAGCAAAGGGAUUAAUUAUAUACCUGUUUGUUCAUUUAUUUAAUUUCAGAUAUUAUUAUCCAUCA